AUGGCAACGCCAUCUACACCCGAUGAACUCAACACCGUCAUGUCAAAAAUUACAUCCGCCAAUCAAAUCAGCUCUCCACUCCUUCGCCUGCCCGCUGAGCUGCGAAACCAGAUCUACACCUUCGUCGGCCUCUCUACUAUCAUUAAAGCCAUUCAACCUGAAGGGUCUCUCACAUGCAGCUUCCAGGUUCCAGAACAACUCAAGGCGUGCAAACAAAUCCGUCACGAAGCCACCUCAAUAGUAUACAGAUCAGCCCUCUUCGAUUUCACCCAGUGUAACACGGGUGUCUGGCUGAACGGCAGCUGCGACCACUCAAUCGGCGAGUUCGUUACCUCGAUUAAGAUUGGGGGUCAAGUGGCAUGCCUCGUUUCCCACUAUAUUGGAAAAGGUAGGAGCUAUGAAGGACUGCAAUUUCCGACCAAAUGGCUGCCGAACGUGCAGAAAAUUUACAUCAAGUAUGACGCAUGUAUGCAACAGUGGGGAUUUACUACAGGGACAGCAAUGGAGGUGUUGUGCAAGAAGAAUACCAUGCAAAUCAUCUUUGUGUGA